UUCAUGCGCGCAUUCAUCCCUCUCUCACCGUCCACUGUGGUUCACCGCGUCGGCGUCCGUCGUCGGCGCCGGUAGUGGCUUACACCUAAACACCACUGUAACACCCCUUUUUCUUGGGCUGUUACAACCACCACCAUUGGAUGUGCGAUAUCAAGAUGAGUACGAAUAUGACAAUGGAAUUACGAAACAGCUCUUGUACCGGUUGAAUCGAACCGCUGAACAAAGGAACCCUAACGAUCUACAAGUCAAAUUAAAUGGCGUUCGGUGGAGAUCAAUCCCUAAUACUAUGGGGGUUCUACUCCCUAACCUAAGUGCUACGUCUUGGUGAGCUCAGAACGAGAAAACGAUAUGGAAUAAUAAAUGACAUACUGGAGAAGAUGAUCGGAGAAUCCAAUGGUUGAUACAAUUGGGAACCCGACCGUCAAGCAAACCCUGCAUACUGUCAUACUGAAUUAUCCAAGGGAAAUGAUGUGUUAGGUCCACUGAUUUCAGCAUUGGCUUCAAUGAUGUUAAUGGCCCUUUGUCAGUUACAUUUUUCUAUCCCUUUCAACAAGAGUUGCUUCCUUUGUUCAUGUAUGUUAUCCGCAAAACCAGGACUAUAUUUGUUAAGAUAAACAGGGUGAUAACUUUUCCUUAUCCUUGGCCUCCGUCACCGUAUGUCUUUUGUUCGGUCAAGUUCCAGUAUCACAACGCACUUUGGAAACAGCUUAGUAGACCAUGGACUUCUCUCGUCGACAUUUGCUACUUCUCCUCAUAGGUUUCUACGUUGUGAAGUUGAACCAAGAGCUAUCACCUUGCUGCUGCAACAUUAUACGCGGCGUGAAGACUUUGAUAGUGCACUAGGGAUCAAGUGUUGGUUGCGAACGUGUAAUGGUCGAAAAGUAUGCAGGUUGAUUAGAACUGAAAGGCAGGUUGUUUUGCCGUUUCUUGGCCUUUUGGCUGUUGGCUAUGCUGCAAUGAAAGUUUGGAAGGCUCGCAUUUGCAGCUUCACGUCAUAACUGUUUCGUUUCCGCUUUGGCCAUAGUUAUUUGCAUUAGGAUAUAGGCAAUGGGUGUAAUAGGGUGAAUUAUAUUUAUCAUGGGUUAGAGUUAGAUAUUUGGACUUGGACAAGGGUCUUGGAUUAUGUAGAAGGAUAGUGGUUCAAAUGUUAUGAUUAAUUAGGGAUUUAGUUGUAUUAUAAUGUGUUUUACUGAAGAAUUGGGUUCUGAUAAUGUGUAGCUUUCGGCGUUUGGAGUUGGUA